AUGCCAACUACAAACUCCAGAACCCUGGACAACGACAUCAUGUUGGUCAAGCUCGCCUCUCCUGCCACCCUCAACUCCUACGUCAGGGCUGUAUCUCUGCCCACUGGCUGUCCUGCUGCCGGCACCAGCUGUCUGAUCUCCGGAUGGGGCAAUACCCUGAGCAGUGGAACCAACAUGCCUAACCUCCUGCAGUGUCUGAACGCCCCCGUCCUGACUGCCACCCAGUGUAGCAGUGCCUACCCCGGAGAGAUUACCAGCAACAUGAUCUGCGUUGGUUACAUGGAGGGCGGCAUGGAUUCCUGCCAGGGUGACUCCGGUGGCCCCGUGGUGUGUAAUGGACAGCUCCAGGGUAUUGUCUCCUGGGGAUACUGGGGAUACGGCUGUGCCCUGAGGAACUAUCCCGGUGUCUACACCAAGGUCUGCAACUACAACUCCUGGAUCGCCAACACCCAGGCCGCCAACUAA